AUGUAUCCAAGCGCGGGCGCGAUGAACGCUGCCGCCGCCGCUGCAGCCGUGGCGGCCGCUAGGCAUCCGCAGGGGCCACCGCAACCGGGCCAACCCAUCAAAUUCACAGUGGGUGAAUCUUGUGACAGGAUCAAAGAAGAAUUCAACUUCCUUCAGGCUCAGUAUCACAAUUUAAAAUUAGAAUGUGAAAAACUGGCCAGCGAGAAAAUUGAAAUACAAAGGCACUAUGUAAUGUACUAUGAAAUGUCGUACGGACUCAACGUGGAAAUGCAUAAACAGACGGAAAUAGCAAAGAGAUUAAAUGCAAUAAUAGCUCAAAUUUUGCCGUUUCUAUCACAAGAACACCAGCAGCAAGUCGCCUCGGCCGUAGAGAGGGCGAAGCAGGUUACAAUGACUGAGCUCAAUGCAAUUAUUGGGCAACAACGACCGGAUUUACCAAGAUUACUUCAACAAAUGCAUGCAGCGCAUCUGCCAGCGCACGGGGCUCCGCCUCUACCGUUGCUAGGCCAAGGAGCUUUACCUCCUGCGGGGCUCCUAGGCCUUGGAGUACCACCUCACCAUCCCUUAUCAGUGUUGGCCAAACCACCAGACAUUCACCGGCCCGACGACAAAGGCAACGGUAUCAGUUCAGCGGAGGAGAGACAUAGAAAUUCAAUAUCGCCGGGCGAGAGGGAGAAGUACAGAACGCGAAGUCCCAUGGAGCCCGACCACAAAAAACCGAAGAAGGAAGAGAAGGACAUGGGGCAUGAGUUAGUGGUAGACGAUGCAAGUGAAGAACCCACGUCUCCACACAAUGGCGCCCCAUCACCCAGAGAAAAUGGCUUGGAUAAAUUGCAGCCAAAAAAAGAACAUCCACCACACAGCCCGAGAUCUGGAACCUCUAGUAACGCAUCAACACCUUCAGCAAAAAAGUUAGAUGAGAAACCAAGCACGCCUAUAUCGAAGCCGGUGACACCUACAUCUGGGGCCAGUGGAGUUGCCGCCGGUGCUCCCUUGAAGGCCGCCGUGAAGCCUCCAGCGCUGCAGUACCCGUAUCUAGGAAAUGGCGCUCAUGACGCGUAUGGGUUGGCGGGUUAUUCAGCGCGAGCGGCCUUAGCGUAUGAACCUCUACGCCCACCGAUAGGACCAGCGGCGCUUGCGCCUAUUCCUGGUGGAAAACCGGCAUAUUCAUUCCACGUGUCAGCGGAGGGUCAAAUGCAACCGGUGCCCUUUCCGCCGGAUGCCCUAAUGGGGCCUGGAAUACCGCGUCACGCGCGCCAAGUAUCUGCGCUCGCGCACGGCGAAGUCGUCUGCGCAGUGACAGUCUCUUCCCCCACUAAGUACGUGUACACGGGGGGGAAAGGUUGCGUCAAAGUGUGGGACAUCAGUCAGCCCAGCAAGGCGCCCGUUAGCCAAUUGGAUUGCUUGCAACGGGAUAACUAUAUCAGAUCAGUGAAGUUACUGCCAGACGGCCGCACCUUAAUCGUCGGGGGCGAAGCCUCCAACCUCUCGAUAUGGGAUCUCGCGUCGCCAACGCCGCGGAUCAAAGCAGAGCUGACAUCUUCAGCGCCCGCCUGUUAUGCGUUGGCUAUCAGUCCUGAUUCUAAAGUGUGCUUCAGCUGUUGUUCAGACGGAAACAUAGCUGUUUGGGACCUUCACAAUCAGACAUUAGUGCGGCAGUUCCAAGGACAUACGGACGGAGCGUCGUGUAUAGACAUAUCCGCGGACGGGACCAAGCUCUGGACCGGGGGUCUUGACAACACUGUCAGAUCAUGGGACCUACGAGAAGGGCGGCAGUUACAGCAGCACGACUUCAGUUCACAAAUAUUUUCGUUAGGAUAUUGUCCAACGGGCGAAUGGUUAGCAGUUGGCAUGGAGAAUAGCAAUGUGGAGGUGUUGCACGCCGUGAAGCCGGACAAGUACCAACUACACCUGCACGAAUCCUGCGUGCUGUCCCUCCGGUUCGCCUCCUGCGGCAAGUGGUUCGUCUCCACCGGGAAGGACAACCUGCUCAACGCGUGGCGUACACCCUACGGUGCCAGUAUCUUCCAGUCAAAAGAAUCAUCGUCGGUGCUCAGCUGUGACAUCUCAUCGGACGACAAGUACAUAGUGACGGGUUCGGGCGACAAGAAGGCCACAGUGUACGAAGUGAUUUACUAA